CCAACCCUCCCACAAGAAUCCAAGAAGAGUAUGGAGAUGGUGGCGGCCCACCUCCACCACGACUUCUUCCUCUCACCGUCGCCGCACCACCUCGCCGAGCUCCGCAUCGAUCCCCCGCACUCAGCGAUCGCCUUCUCCACGCCCGGCGGCGCCGAUGGGACCCGAAAGCGCCGCUGCCUCCUCCCGGCCGCUUCCCAGCGCAAGAAAAUGCUGCUCGAGCUGCAUCCCUUCGAUUUCACGCCCUCGCCCUCGCCGCCCCCUUUGCCGCGGCGCUCCCCGGCUACUGCGCCGCCUAUGGUGUCGCGAGUGGGUUCCCCGGCAAGCGAGUUCUCAUUCCCGUCGGCGCAUCCGUGGAGCGGCGGCGGAGGAGGCAACAUCUUCGCGUUCGCGGUGACCAUGCCCACGACGCCGUCGCCUACGGGCUCCAAUGUCAGCGCUGUGUCGUUUGUGGCUUCGCCGGGGCACCGAACGACGCCCACUGGCUCCACCGCAAGCGGCGGGCUCACGUUCGUGACUUCGCCCAAGAAGCCGACGACGCCCACGGGCCCCACUGCCAAUGGCGGUUUCAUGUUCACGCCUUCGCCGGAGCAGCCGCUCACGCCAACGGGCUCUACUGCCGUGGCGUCCUUGCCUUCCCCGAAGCAUGCUCGUACGGGUUCCACCGACAGCGGCGGCUUGGCCUUCUUCCCUUCGCCCAUCAGGCACACUAGUUCUCCCACGUCCCCGGCGUUCGUCUUCACGGCCUCGCGGACAGUGCCGCCGCCGAUGCGCAAGUCCAUCGGCAACAGCAAGAAAAGGCCGCGGCCACAACUCGACGUCGUGACCGCGCGUCGAAGGAGCCUGCGGGAGCGGGCCGUGCCGCAGCAGGUCAUCCAGCCGCCGCAGAAGGUUGCCAAGACAGGCGUCUUGAUCACCAGCGAGGCAUCCCGCUCCUCCAUCCGGUCCGGGUCAUCUGCCAGGCCGUGUUGCACGUUCUUCACAUCACCGGCGAAGGCGAGCAACCAGGACGCCAGGAAGGUCUUCCUUGAGGAAUCCCGCUCGUCUUCGCCUUGCGGGUCGUUGGCCUGGUCGCGCUGCACGUUUGCCCAAUCGCCGGCAAGACCUUCGUCUGCGGAGAAGGCGAGCAAGGAGGAGCCAGAGGUGGAAGUGUCCAGUGUGGCCAGAGAAUGUCCCAUGCACAACUUGCCGGCAGCCUGCACCGGCGCUGAGGUGGUGGUGCGCGUGACCUGCACUUGCGGUGUCCAGAAGGAGUUCUGCUUUGACCACUGCCACUGACCGAUCCUCACCGUCAGUUUUCGCUUUAUCGGGAGAUCACAUUGUUCUGUUCCUUUCUGCAGCCUGUUUUCCCCCUCGAGUGACCAGCAUUUGGUCGAGUCUGGCCUGAAUUUAGGACAGUAGGUAACUGCACUUAUUUUGCUCUAGGACCGUAGGUGCUAUGAAAGCUCAGAGAUCUGCAUUGAGUUUGGAAGAGCUGCAGAUGAUGUGCCUCUACUCUUUGUGGUCUGCUAUAUUCUUUGAACCGGUUGAACUGUAAAAUCAGUUACACUUGUGUUUUUGCUAAGUAUUUGUUUUUCUUGGUUUCUCUUGCAGAAAAAUGGUCGAUUUUGCAUAUUGUCAAAAGAAGGAAAAAAAAAACAGCUCAAUUUUGCAUGUGGACACCAAGCAACAAGCUUUGUCUCGAUACUUUCAGAAACAAAAGGUGUCUGUACUUUCUUAGUUUGUUCCUUUGCCUCCACAAGGCAUGAUGUGUUGUGUUGAGUCUGUUGUUAUUUAGAGAUGACGUGUCCGUGGUUCAUUCUUUGUUCUCUGAAUAUCUGGAGAUCAUCUGCUGUAGGUUCUUGCCGCCUGGUACUUUUGUUUCAUUGGAACACUGGACAUGAGCAUUUUGACAUUUUAAUUUUAGAUGAUUUGAUGUAUGUGCCUGCUUGCAGGAUACAAAUCUUGUUUACUUUA